UCAUCGCCAUGUGGUGCGCAGGCCGUAUCCCUGUGGCUGCAGCAGCUCCCGCAAAGUGCGCUCGUACACGGGCUCCGGCGUGUCUUGCGUGGUGGGGAAGGCACCAGGGGCAGAUCGGAUCCUGUCAAGACGCAUGACGCAGGAAGGUGAGCCGGGCUGUGACUAUGGUGCAGCGUUUACCGAGGAGGAUCAACUGCAGAGGAAGAGGCAGGUGGCUGCUCGGCCGUGUCGCUCUUGACGGCACCAGUCCGUACACUUAAGUGACAGCACAGUCAAGUGACAGACCACCCCGCGCACGCCCACUCACUCGUGUGUGUGUGUCUUCCCACCUGCUGCCAGGGGCAGGCGGCGGCUCGACUGGGGCGCUCAGCUGGCUGUGCAUCUCAUUCUGGAUGUCCUGCACGAGCCUGUGCGGAAUGUCCUCCUUUCGACCGCUUCUGCGCAUCAGCUGGAUGUCGGCACCGUUGCUGAGCAGUGCGCGGAUGACUUGCUUGGCCCUAUCGAUCUGCUGCAGUGGAGCCCUCGCUCUCAGCUGGUCACUAAGAUGACUGUCAGCCGCCGUCAGUGGCGUUGUGCCCCCCAACGGAUGGCUCUUGUCGAUCUCACUGGUGCCGAGCUGCUCCAACAGCCACUCCACCACAUCGCCACCGCCCUGAACCACGGCGUAGUCGAAGGGCGUACAGCCCUUGGCGUCCUUCGCGAUGAGAUCGGCGCCGUGGGCCGCGAGUAGGUCCAGGUAGCUGUGCAUGAAAUCUGGCGAUAGUGAAAGCGACGAAUUC